AUGCAGGGCUUCUCCCGGGAGAACUGCGAGGUGAAGGUGUUCGACCUGCGAGCUUCGCUGAGCGAGCUGCACUCGCUCCCUUGUGCUGACCAGACGAUCGAGGCGCUGCGUCAGGUGAGUGGCGAUCGCUGCCUGACAGCCAGCAAGGAUGGCCAUAUCCGAGCCGUGUCCCUUCCGGCGCCCAAGGUUCUGCUUGAGCGUCGCAGCACCAAAAUCGGAGCUGCCGGCUACACCGCGUUGGGUGUGUCCGCGUCGGGAACGGCACUCUGUGCAUGGGUCGGGCCUGAGGGCGUUGGCUUGGAGUUGCUAGCCUGGGACGAUCUGCGCCUCGAACACCAGCCACAAGUGCUGGCCACCACAUGA